AGUGGAAAUAAAAUUAGAAAAAAAAUAAUCUGCUUGAUCGCUUUUAUAAAUAAAAAAUAUAAUAUUUGUUUGUUUUGUGUUUUUUGGUGUCUGGUGUUUUUUUUAAUUUUUGUUUUAAGACAAUAUUUUUCGAUCUUAACAAGUGGCUCCUCUCGGCUGGUGUUUGACUUUUGUGGUUUUCUUAACAAUUGGCGUCAUUUAUAAAACAAAACAUUAACUUAAAAAGUUAAAAAAAGCAACGACGUUAGCAAAUUGGUACCAGUCAAAAGCCAUUCACCAAAAUCAGCAGAGAAAUAAAUAAAAAAAACCCACAAACACCAGUGGAAUAAAAACCCUCUUUUUUAAUAAAACAAAAAAAAUUGCAAUACUUACAACAAUAAUAAUGUCUGAAAAAUAAAAACAACAACUAUCCAAAGAAAGUUAAGUUAAAAAAAUAAAUAAAUAAUUUUGUUGUAAAAAUUAACAAUAACAAUAAACAUGAAUAUUUUUUUUAAAACUCCCGUGUAAUAACAACGUGUUGGAAUUUUGGUUUCAGAAACAAAUUAAAUAAAUUAAUAAAUAAAUAAAAAAGUAUUAGAGUGAAAAAUAAAACAGGGAAUUAAUAAAACAAAUAAAUAAAUAUUUGUUUAAAGAGAAAGAAAACAUCAAUUCAUGAAGUUCAAAACUAAAAAUUUUCAAAAGUAAAAAAAUGGCAUAACAAUUUGUAGGAAAAUAAAAACAUUCGCCACCUCCCCCCCCCCCCUCUUUCAAACCGCAAAUACAAACCUGUAAGAGAAUUUAAAUUUAUUUAAUGGCCUGUUUUAAAGGCACGUGUCUGUCUGUCUUUCUUCACUUUUUUUCAACAAUUUAACUUACAAAUUGGUUCAUUUUAAUGUCUAACAACAAAAUAAAUUUAUAAUUUUUUUUUAUAAAAAAAAACAAAGAAAUUUUAUUUAAUGUUUGGAGUUUGAUGGUGGGUGCUCACUUCAACUUAAAGUUUAAAAUAACAGUGACAGUUAAAAGUGGUAACACAACAACAACAAUAACAACACAAACAUCAUGACAGUUUCCUAUGCUGGUGAAGUGCCCAAUGGCAGUAGUUUUGGCUGUUUUUGGAAAAUUUUAUGGAAAUGGCGUGGAAGUGUUUAUAAAUUAGUAUGGCGUGAAUUAGUGGCGUAUUUAUGUUUGUAUUAUACUAUAAAUUUUGUAUAUAGAUUUGCUUUAACCGAACAACAACAAAAAAUAUUUAAUAAGUUACGAUCAUAUUUUGGUCAACAGGGCGAAAGUAUACCCAUGUCAUUUGUGCUGGGUUUCUAUGUAAGUCUGGUGGUGAAACGUUGGUGGGAGCAAUACAGAUUAUUGCCCUGGCCCGAUACGUUAGCCCUAUUUAUAAGUGCUGCAAUACCAAAUUCAAAUGGUGGUGUUAAUAACGAAACCGGCCGCCUAAUGCGUCGCAACAUUAUGCGCUACAUGGUCUUGGCCUAUGUAAUCACCUUGCAACGCAUUUCGUUGCGUGUUAAACGUCGUUUUCCCACUACCCAACAUCUCGUGGAUGCUGGUCUCAUGCACGAGUCUGAAAUGAAAAUCUUUGAGCAUUUAAAUGCAAAAAGUCCCAUGUCUAAGUAUUGGAUGCCCCUGGUUUGGGCUACAAAUAUUAUAAAUCGUGCUCGCAAAGAUGGUCUCAUAAUGUCCGAUCAUAUUGUGCAAACAAUACUGAUGGAAUUGUCAGAUAUAAGACGUCGUUUGGGUGGUUUGAUCGGUUACGAUACUGUGUGUGUGCCAUUAGUUUAUACGCAGGUUGUAACAUUAGUAUUAUACACAUAUUUCAUUGCCGCUUUAUUGGGACGUCAAAUGUUACCCGAUAUGCCAGAUCACAAUGGCAAAAAUGAUUACGAUUUAUAUUUUCCGCUAUUUACAGCGUUACAGUUUGUUUUUUAUGUCGGUUGGCUGAAAGUCGCUGAAGUGCUAAUCAAUCCAUUUGGUGAAGAUGACGAUGAUAUUGAAUUAAACUGGUUAAUUGAUAGACAUAUUAAGAAAUUCCAAAUUUUCUUUCAAACUCUGCACUUUAAAACUUCAUCUAUUUUUCAUGUGAUUUUUGUUUUUUUUCUUUUGGUUUUUUUCCUUUCAUUUUAUCCUACCGCCUUAAAAUUUCUCAAUGUAGAUUCUCGUUUGAAUGGUUUAAAUGUUAAUACCUCAAAAACACGACCUCGUAUACCAACUCCUGAUGUUACCAAGGAAUCUUUGGAUAAAGAUAUGUCAAAUGCAACCAAUGCAAAUACAGCGGUUAUUAUGGCACCACCAUUAACUACACAAACCACUAUGUAUCCUUAUACAAGCACAACAACAAAUAAUGGUCAAGAUGGUCAAGUUUUGGGCACUUUAUUAUUAUCACCGAUUAAAGAAAUGGAUAGUUCAUCAUCAAAUAAUACUUUGAUUCCAGGACAUCCGAAUACGGCGGCAUUGGCCCAGGCAGUAUUACCAACAAAUUUAACGAAUUCCAUUCCUGUCACCACUAAUAUAACAACUUUAUCUUUCCCCUUUACGGUCACCACCAGUCCCACGGACACCUCAGCUACUUUAAAUAUUCUACCCAUUUCCACCUCUCAAAUACCCACUAUUACAACCAGUUCAUCCAAUUUUGAUGCCAAUGAUGUUAUAACCAGCAUACCGGUUUCUCUGUCUAUACAACGUUCACCCUCAGCGGUAUCGAUAACCGAUUUGAAUUUCAACGAUAAACUGGAUAACAAUAAUACCACCGCCACCGCUUUAUUAUCGGUGAAACCUUUAAAUGGUGGUUCUAACAUAUCGCGUAAUAAUAGUUUUAAUGGCAAUUUAAAUAUAAACAUAUCCGAUUCAUAUCUAUUAGAACGUAGACAUUCUAUGCGUUCAGAGGGACGUCCCGAGGACUCAACGGACAGUAAUUUGCAGAAUAAUGCCACAGCAACGAUAACUCUCAAUACGAAAGAUAAUAAAAAUCCUACAAAUACUACUAAUACCACUACCGCAACAUCGGCACCUUCAACGUUAGCUAAACGUCCGCCAGAGCCGAAAACUGGAGAAGUUUAUGUUUAACUGUAAAAAUAUUCAAAAGAAAUUUAAAAAUUUAGAAAAAAUUAUAUAAAAACUAAAGCCAUGAAUCCAUCCAUUUUAAUUUAAUUUUACAUUAAAAAAAAAAGGCAAAAAAGGUUGUGACAUGAAUCUUAAAUUAUUAUAAUAUUUUUUUUUUUGUAAAGAACUAUGUAUUUUAGUCUUUAAAUAUCCUUGAAAAGGAUUAUAGUGUUAAAUAAUUUGUAUAUGUUACUAUAUAGAAUGUCUGUAAUAAUAAAGUAAAUUAUAUAUAUUUAGAAUAAGAAA